AUGAAGAUGGACCGGUCCUUCGUGGUGGUGCUCCUCUUGGCGGUGGUGGCUGCGGUGGUGGCAGGGCAGCAGAUGACGACCAUCAACAUCGCCUCGUCGUGCAACGGGAACUGCGCGCAGUCGUUCGGCCCGAUGAACAACAGCACCUGCCCCAAGCUCCAGGCCAAGCUCAUCGCGAGUCCCUUCAACUGCAUGAACGCGAGCUGCAGCAUGUCGCUCAGCAUCUCGGCCGACUCGCAGAACCUCAACUUUUCCAUCUACAAGGACAGCAACCUGUGCAACGCGCAGUGCGGCGGCGUGUUCGUGCCGUUCGACAUCGUGAACGAGCUCAAGACGAGCACCUGCUGCGGGUUCGCUCCCGACCACAUCAAGGCGAGGACCGCAGUCGACUACAUCUGCAGCGAGCUCUACGACAAGGCCUGGUAA